GAGGCGCCCAAGCUGUCCAAAGCCACUGGUUUUGCUGGAAAAAGAUGGGAAUAUCUGAUAGAUACAUAUCGAGGAAAUAAAGGAAAAUGUCUAAUUUUGUAUCCGUUUUCCACUUGACGCAGGAUUCUAAGCAAUGAUUUGACCCUCUUUGGACAGACGAAAAGGUUACUCUGAGGUAGCAGCUCUUUGACGUGGAUGCACAAAGCGAGAGAGCAGAUGUUGAUGAUGAACAGUGUGUUUUCUGACUCCAGGUAAAGCAGUAGCAGAGAGAAACGACUCCAGGUAAAGCAGUAGCAGAGAGAAACCUCUGUAUAAGUGUACAGAUCUGCUGCUAAAGACACAGACACACUAGACACUCCCUACACCAGCCCCAGGUCUUGGUGAAGAUGUAUGGCAGUGCCCGUUCAGUUGGCAGAGGGGAUGCCAACCACAGUGGGGGCAGAGAUGGCGGGAGCAGCGGUAACCAGGGCUCCAGCCACUCCCCCCGCCUGCCCCGCUCCCCCCGGAUGGGGCACCGGCGCACCAACAGCACCGGCGGGAGUGGGGGCGGUCCUGGAGGGGCGGGGGGAAAGACCCUCUCCAUGGAAAACAUCCAGUCUCUCAAUGCUGCUUACGCCACUUCUGGACCCAUGUACCUGAGCGACAACGAGGUCGCCAUGGCCACCGAUCACCUGCCCAAGAACGAUGGGCGGAUGAUGACUACAAUGGGCCGGCAGAGAGUGACGUACGGAGGCAGGGCCGGGGCCGGGGGCGGGGCCGGGGGCGGGGCUGCCAGCACCCCCAAUAUUGCAGCCUCGGUCCCAGGCAAUGCUAUGCUGCCUGGAAGCAUGAUGUCAGGUGACUCCCUGGCAUUUGGGGAUCACCACAUGGCCUCCACUGUGCCCCACUCUCUCAGGCAGGCCCGGGACAACACCAUCUUGGACCUGCAGGCCCAACUCAAAGAGGUUCUGCAUGAGAAUGAGCUGCUGCGGCGCGAGGUGGAGGUGAAGGAGAGCAAGCUAAGCUCCUCCAUGAACUCCAUCAAGACCUUCUGGAGCCCCGAGCUGAAGAAGGAGAGGGCGCUGAGGAAGGACGAGGUGUCCAAGAUCACCGUCUGGAAGGAGCAGUACCGCGUGAUGCAAGACGAAGCCCAGCACCUCCAGAUGACAGUGCAGGCUCUGCAGGACGAGCUGAGGAUCCAGAGGGACUUGAACCAGCUGCUGCAGCAGGACCCAGCCCUCCAGGGUCGCGACCUUGCCAUGACCUCCGAACCCACUGAGGAGAACCACCGCCGGCUGCAGGCAGAGCACGAGCGGCAGGCCAAGGAGCUGUUCCUCCUGAGAAGGACCCUGGAGGAGAUGGAGCUGAGGAUCGACACCCAGAAGCAGACCCUGGGCGCCAGGGACGAGUCCAUCAAGAAGCUGCUAGAGAUGCUGCAGAGCAAAGGUCCGUCUGCCAAGGCCUCGGAGGAGGACCAGGAGAGGACCAGGAGACUGGCGGACGCUGAGAUGCACCGUCACCAUCUGGAGAGCCUGCUGGACCAGAGGGACCGAGAGACGGCUGCCCUGAGAGAGGAGCUGCAUCGACGCUACGAAGGAACCCCAGAGUCCAUAAAGACCAAGGCUCUGCAGACCGUCAUCGACAUGAAGGAUGCUAAGCUCAUGUCCAUGGAGCGAGGCCUGAGAGAGCUGGAGGAGGAGCUGCUGAAGCUCAAGUCCAGCGGGCUGAGCUGUGAGGAGCGUCAGGAGGAGAUGAAGCAGAUGGAGCUGUACCGCUCCCACACCAAGUUCAUGAAGAGCAAGAUGGACCAGGUGAAGCAGGACCUGUCCAGGAAGGAUGCAGAGCUGCUGGGCUUGAGGACCAAGUUGGAGACUCUCACUAACCAGUUCUCCGACAGCAAGCAGCACAUCGAGGUGCUGAAGGAGUCCCUCACCGCCAAGGAGCAGCGUGCUGCCAUCUUGCAGACAGAGGUGGACGCUCUGCGUCUGCGACUGGAGGAGAAGGAGGCCACGCUCAACAAGAAGAGCAAGCAGAUCCAGGAGGUGUCGGAGGAGAAGGGCACUCUGAACGGAGAGAUCCACGACCUCAAAGACAUGCUGGAUGUUAAGGAGCGCAAGGUCAACGUGCUGCAGAAGAAGAUUGAGAACCUCCAGGAGCAGCUGAGGGACAAGGAGAAGCAGAUGAGCAGCCUGAAGGAGAGGGUCAAGUCCCUCCAGACCGACACGUCCAACACCGACACAGCCCUCACCACCCUGGAGGAGUCCCUCGCUGAGAAGGAGCGGAUCAUCGAGCGUUUGAAGGAGCAGAGAGAUCGUGACGACAGGGAGAAGACAGAGGAGACGGAGAGCAACAAGAAGGAGCUGAAGGAGCUGAAGGAGAGAGUCAGCAUGCUGCAGGGAGACCUGUCAGACAGAGAGACCAGUCUGUUGGACCUGAAGGAACACGCCUCGUCCCUGGCUUCAUCCAGUCUGAAGAAGGACUCCAAGCUGAAGACCCUGGAGAUCGCCCUGGAGCAGAAGAGAGAGGAGGGCCAUAAAAUGGAGCACCAGCUGAAGAGGGCUCAGAGCGCAGCACUGGAGGCCCAGGCUAACACAGAGCUGGCUGAACGCAUCAACAACCUGGAACAGGAAGUAGCACGCCACAAAGAGGAUUCUGGGAAAGCCCAGGCUGAGGUGGACCGGUUGUUGGAGAUCUUAAGAGAGAUGGAGAAUGAGAAAAAUGACAAGGACAGGAAGAUCAACGAGCUGGAGAGUCAGGCCUCCAGGCAGAGUAAGGACCAGAGUAAGAAGGUGGCAUCCCUCAAGCACAAGGAGCAAGUGGAGAAGAGCCGGAACGCCCGUCUGGUGGACGAGGCCCGCAAGAGAGAGGACAACAUCUCAGAGAGCUCCCACCAGAUCAAGGAGUCUCUACGCACCAAGACGGAGCGCAUCGAGGAGCUGGAGGAGGCUCUGAGGGAGAGCGUCCAGAUCACCGCAGAGAGGGAGAUGGUGCUGGCUCAGGAGGAGGCCACUAGGAACCACCAGGAGAAACAGAUGGAGGAGCUGCUUGCAGCCAUGGAGAAGGUGAAGCAGGAGCUGGAGUCCAUGAGGGCCAAGCUGUCGUCCACACAGCAGUCCUUGUGUGAGAAGGAGGCCCACCUCACCACGCUGCGCGCAGAGCGACGCAAGCACCUGGAGGAGGUGUUAGAGAUGAAACAGGAGGCGCUGCUGGCAGCUAUCAGUGAGAAGGAUGCCAACAUCGCCCUGCUGGAGCUGUCGUCCUCCAAGAAGAAGAAGACGCAGGACGAGGUGGCCCUGCUGAAGAGGGAGAAGGACCGGCUGGUGCAGCAGCUCAAACAGCAGACCCAGAACCGGAUGAAGCUCAUGGCCGACAACUAUGAGGACGACCACCUGAAGACUGCCCCUGACCAGACCAAUCACAAACCCUCUCCAGAUCAGAUGAUCCCCCCUCUCCUAGUCCUGUCCCAAAACCGAGGUAAACUGAAGCUCUACAUCGCCCACCUGACCGACCUCUGCCAUGAUCGUGACCCACACAUCCUCAGCCACCUAGCCCCACCCCCCCACUAUCACCGUAGCAACCCCCCAGGCUGGGAGGAGGAGCUGCAGAAGAUGAGCACUGAGCAGUUACAGUGGGAGGUGGAGGAGUGUGAGCGGGAGAGCGGAGAGCUGCAGGAGUUUGCCAACGCUGUGCUGCAGCAGAUUGCUGACCUCUGUCCUGACAUCCUGGAGCAGGUGGUCAACGCCCUGGAGGAGUCCUGCUGACAUGCCCUCUCAUGACCUUCCUACUCUUAGAACGUCACACCUGAACUCACCUGAAAACCACCAGAAACCACUAGGUCCUGUCCAGGUGAAGCUCACCACGUGUCCCAGGUGAAGCAGGAUCUCACUGGGUUCCAAGGCACAGCACAGGUUGUCAAGGCUCCUCUGUUGCUCUACCAUAUCUACUGACUGUCGUCCCUCUGUUUGAUCUUGGGGCCGAUGCACUUCUCUCCCUGGCUAGAGGGCUGGGACACCAGAAGCAUGGCGCUUGGAAAACGGUCACACACCUUUUGGAAACAACUGAUUUAAACAAUCAAACAAAAACUGCAUGCUUUUCAUUCUGUUUGAGUUUCAGGUUGUGUUUUGGUGCCAGGUUAGUCAGUGUUAGGGCAGGGUUUCAAACUGACCUCUCUCUGAUUGGCUGCUGUGUUGUCAGGGCCCAGAGGGAGGAGCUUGGAUUGGACAUCCUGACAGGAAGUGUUGGAUGGUCCACUGCUGGUUGAUUUGGAGCUUUAGUGUCAGUCUAGCUUCCCUCCUUGCAGACAGACAGACAGCAGAGCAGAGCAGAGCUAGCUUUGCUUCCUCAUGGUUUUGCACACGGUGGCUAGGUGUUAGUGUUCUACAGUGGUGUUGGCAUGUGCAUGGCCCAGCACUGGAGCUCCACGGGGACUUUGGCCUGUGUCCUGAUGCUGCGACGGCAUGAGGAUGUCAGACAUGGAGAACCUGAUCCCAUGUCAUCCAAAGUUUAUAUUAAAGAUACAAGUCAGUUUUUUGUUGUUGUUGAUGGUCUUGUUGAUUAGAAUGUUCAGGGCAAUGCAAAUGUCUUCAGGAGUUUUGUUUGAAAAAAUGUUAUUUAAAGGCCUAAAAAACAACAACUUAAAAGUCACACGUUGACAUAUUUAGACCUUUUUUUAUCAGUUUGUAAAUAAAACUAUGUGCAGUGACUGCUUUAAGGUGACUCGUGGAAGAUGUGAGUUCCAUUAAAGAAAAAAUCCUAACAAAAAAACAUGUGAAAUGUAAAGCAGUGUGACAGUAAAGUCAUGUUCUAUUGAUAUACACACAUAUAUAAAUAUAUAUAUAUAUAAAAAUAACAGUAUGAUGUUUACCGUAUGGAUAUAUGCAUUGAAUGUUUGCACAGAAUCUGGAGGAGCUCUCUGUCCCUUUGAACAAAAUGGCUGAUGCGUUUCAGUGUCUUCUGAUCAAACUAAAGUUAAACAUUUGUGUCAAAACAACCAACUUUUCUAAAUGUUUCAAAAAAGAAAAAAUGACAGUGAAAGACAAAUGUUGUUAAACCGUGACUGUGUGAAGGGAGAUUUAUUUAUAAGUCAUUUUUUAUACUUUUACCUGAUGGGGCUGUAUCUCCCGGAGCCACCAGUGUUGUUUUAGAAAGACUGAUCUCUCUCACAGACACACUGUUGGACUGACAGACUGAUCUCUCUCACACACACACUGUUGGACUGACGGACUGAUCUCUCUCUCUCACACACACACACACUGUUGGACUGACGGACUGAUCUCUCUCUCACAGACGCACUGUUGGACUGACAGACUGAUCUCUCUCACACACACACACACACUGUUGGACUGACACUGUUCUCUCUCACACACACACUGUUGGACUGACAGACUGAUCUCUCUCUCACACACACACACACACACACACUGUUGGACUGACAAGUCUAUGGUUCUCCUGUGGUUAUGGGUAAUGCCUCAAAACACACCAGUAGAAACCGGUUCCAAACCUCCAUACAUGGACACUGUCUGGGUUGUUCAUGUUGGCAGGGACUGGUUGUGCUAAGGUCUUAACAGAUAACGGUGUGGGGCACAUCAUGUCAGCAAGUGUGAUAUUAAUUAUAAUUAAUACCUCAUCUAAUGAAACAACAUCCAUUUUGCAUUGGUGACCUUUCCUGUUUCUAAUGUUCUGCUUGGUGGUUCUAAUGCAUCUUCUCCAGGGUUGGCUGAAGGAGAAGUUGAGACUGUUGCUAGUCUUGUUUUGACCCAGUUUAGUCUACCUUGUCUAGGUAGUUAUUCCACCUUUCACCUGUGGCUCGUGUGGUCAGUGAUCACCUAGUCCUGUGACAGGAGUCCCACUCCCACCAUGACUCUAUCCUAGCCUUAAUGUCUGCUCACUUCAUCUGGAACACCUUGAUGAGGAUGGAGUUUCUAUCAUGUUGAUUUGAUUUUCACACUUUUUGCAUUUGUAAAGCUUGUACUGCCUUGUCUGUGUUGAUAAUUAACAAACCAUGUAAAAAAAAAAAGCAAAAAAAGCAAAACUGACUGGUUUGAGUAUUUGCAUUUUUGUAUGUAUGUAAAUAAAUAUAU